AUGUCUGCCUGGCCUUAUUUUAUUUAUGGACCAUCCCAACCCCUCUGUUGUCCACUCGGCUUUACUUGCUCUUCGAUACUUGGCAGAAUGUCGUGCAAACAGAGAAAAGAUGAAAGGCGAAUUGGGUAUGAUGUUAAGCUUGCAAAAUGUUAUACAGAAUCUCGGAGAAAUCUGUGUGAAGAGGCUUUGUUAAAAAUUAAAGGGGUUAUUAGCUUUACUUUUCAAAUGGCUGUUCAAAGAUGUGUGGUACGCAUUCGUUCAGAUUUGAAAGCAGAGGCAUUGGCAUCAGCAAUAGCAUCCACCAAGGUCAUGAAAGCACAGCAAGUUGUGAAAAGUGAAAGUGGGGAAGAGAUGCUGGUCCCAUUCCAAGAUACUCCUGUGGAAGUAGAAGAGAACACAGAGCUACCUGACUACCUGCCUGAGGAUGAAAGUCCCACAAAGGAGCAGGACAAGGCAGUGUCCCGGGUGGGCUCCCACCCUGAAGGUGGAGCUAGCUGGCUGAGUACAGCUGCAAACUUUCUAUCCAGAUCAUUUUACUGGUGACUUCAUCUUCAGUUUGGGGCUCAAGGACUGUGAACCCACAAGGGGCCAGUUUUCCAUUGUUGUGGUGAACUGUCAAGUGCAAUUUGCAAUAAGUUAUCAUGAAAAGUUUUUAGAUUACAUGAUUGUGUAUGCUGCAUUUUACAUUUUCUUGGACAUUUUAUUCCAUCAAGUGGUCAAAAGAACAGACUACAGGUGGGAUUAAUUUGCUUGGGAAAGUAUUUUGGUUUUGUUUUCCUUUAAUUGCAUCACUUUUUAAAAAAUACAUGGGUCCACUGUUAAACCAAACAUGUAUGUGCAGCUUUACAUUUUAUUUAUAUGAAGCACGAGAUUAGGAAAAUUCAUUUUCUCCUCAAGCCUCAGGAUCUCUCUGAAGAGAAGGUUUUUUGUAGUCCAAGUUGUGCAUGAAUUACUGAACAGUUUUCUCUGCUUUUCAUGAACAGUACAUGCUUUGGUAUUCUUCACUGACAGUUGAAAACAUUCUGGUUUAUUCCCCUUUUGUGCCUUUUUAAUUUGCCAACCAUGUUUAUAGAAAGGACAGUACUAAUGACAGUUUGCAAACAGAUUUAUUCAUGGAGACAUAAUUAUCUAAAAACAACUCAAUACAAAUGUUAUUGUUGUUUUAAGAAUAAUGCAAAAUCAAUCAGAAAAAGGAAAGGUGUAGCAAAGUGCUUUUGGACCUAUUUGGAUAUGACCAAAUGUGGAUCUGAUUUUUUAGUGUUCACUGUUUAUGUCAGCUCAGGAGAUGAUAUUGUAAUUAUAAAUGGUCUCUUGGCCUUACAUUGAGAUUACAGAACAUGCCCUGCUAGGGGAAAGAAAAGAAAGAAAAAAUAGUAGUAAAGAACUGACAGACUUGAAAAAGGAAAACAAAAAUUAAAUGCCUGUGAUGCCAUAGUGCCACUCUAAUAGUAUUUAACUUUAAAAUAUGAAUUGCUUAGCUGAAACCUAUUCAGUAGGUAUUUCUUUGUAUUGCCUUUUGUAAACUUAUUAUGAAAGUGCUGCAGUUAUAUUGGACAAAAAAAGAGACCCAAAUUAUUGCUUAUAAAGAGGGAAAGCCAGCGUUGGUCACUUAAUCUUGUUUCUUAAGACCAGUCAGAAAAAACGAACUUCAGUGAAGGUAAGACACACACACACACACACACACACACACACACACACACACACAGAGAUGGUGUUUUUGGGUAGGCAAGAGCAAAUUACAUCUAUGUAAUACAUUAGUAAAGCUCUAAAAUACUUGGCAAUCAUAUUUUGUUUUGGAAGUCUAGCUAUAUCCAGAUAUGUUUUAAUGUUAACACGAUUAAAAACCUAAUAGAAAUUGAAGUUCAUUUUCAUCACCAUGUAGAGCUGCUAUUUUACUACUUGGAGAAUGUGAAGGAAAAAUUGGGCCCUGGAAGAUUUCCUUAUGUUUUCAUCAUUUCUCUUAGAGAAAAUUAAAAUCAUCCCCUGAUACUGGAGCAAAGUAAUUGUAAAAUACUAUCACCAGAAAGAGCCUUGAGUUCCCUAACAUUGGGAUAUUCUGGAGGGAGAGAGAAAGAGGUAUUGAGGGUAUUGAAGACAGUAGUUUUUCAUGCGUCUGGUUUCUGAUUCAUGGAAUAUGCACAAACAAAAUAUAUGCUUUCAGGGCACAUGCUGCUUUAAAUGCAUACUACUACCUGCUGCCAGAAUCAGAUGUGUUGAAAAAAGCAAACAAAACCACCUCCUUUCUACAGCCAUUAAAGCAAAGUUUACUUUCUGUUUUAACAGAUUAUUUUAUUUUGCCUUGCCACACAUCUGCUUAUUUAAUAAACUACAACCUUUUGGUAGUAAUGGUUCAGUACAAGUAGAUUAUUUCAGCUUGAUGUUUUUGUGUUCCAAGUGUUCUUUUAUUCCAGGUCUUAUACAGCAGUUAAGGCGAAUGUUAUGACAGUUUUUGAAAUAUGUUGUAAAAUAAUAAAAUGUAACAUAGUUAAAACUGAAA